ACUUGGCCUGUGGGUGGAGGAGAUAAGGAUUCAACCCCCUAGUUAUAUCCUAUUCCUCACCCCUGGUCUUUAAUGUAAACAGCAGCUACUUGAUUAGAUUUUAUAGGUGGUAGAUAAAAGCAUGAAGGGCAUAGCAGGAAACUUGGAUGGAGAAGGAAGAAUAUAGAUCCUGCUGCCACCAGAGCCAUACACAGUACUUCAAUAUAAAUGGCAAGUAUGUUUGAUGUUUGGUCUGGGACUGGCUGUGUGAAAGUAGCACCAUCCUCUUUGGUCAAUGUGAUGUUCUCUUCUUCACAUGUACCACAAUCUUAGGCAUCUUUAUUUAGAAGUCAGUACCACUGUGUUUAAGGGAGAUUUCCUCCCGGGCAAAGUGUUCCUAGGAUUGCAGUCACCUGCAGUUGAUCCUGCUGCUCAGAAUCUGCAGAAAAUUCGAGGCCAGCAGCUGUUUCUUUCCCAACUUCAAGCUCUGUCCCCUCUCAUCCCCCUGCUGGUAUGUGUGACUCAGGCUGUUUUAUCUUUUUCAGAAACUGGGAGACGCCAGAUAACAUUCAACUUACCGACAAAUAUAAUUAUAAAACCCAUUGUGUUCUUACUUCAGGUGAAGCCUCAAAGGGCAAGUGGAACAACAUUCCCUGUGAUAAGCUCCAUCUAUCUGUCUGUGAAAGGGACAAGGAGGUGACCUGUGUUCUGCGGUCUCCACUUUCACCCCACUGAAAUGAUUUGCUUUAUUUUUAUUCCAUAGAAACAAAUUUUUUAAAAAGAUAAUUGUACAAAGCAAAUACAGAAGAAAAGCAAAAGCGACUUGUAGCAAGGACAUACACCAGUCAAACAGAUGUGUCACUGCUGUGAAAACAUGCGCUCUAUUCCUAACAGUACUUCAUGAAUUGUUUCCAUUGUAUUAAAAAUCAACAACUGCAAGGUGAGACAACCAACCAAGUAUUCCCCAAAGCUUGGGUUAAAAGGUGUGUCUUGUUAGAAUCCUAGAAACCAAUUCAAAUACUAAUUAGACUCAGGCAUGCUGUUUAUAUGAGGCUGGUUAUCCCACAAACUGCCUCUCAAGCAAAUGUAGCAAUUGCAUGCACAAUUAACGACCCACUCAGAGUCCCAUCUUGACUUGAAGGUUUUCAGAAAUGUCUCUAGGUACUGGCUUGGUCAGAAAAUCAGCUGUCAUUUCUUUGGUUUGACAAUACACCACAAUUCAACAUGUCUGUCUUGUAUUACCUAAUGCACGUGGUAGUUUUUAACCCUAAUGUGUUUAGUUCUUGCAUGUAGCUUUUCUUUGUGAUAAUUUCAAACAGCUUUAAUUGUGCUCCAUCAACUGAACAGGUUUCUGCAUACACAACCCAAAGCCCAUAGUUAGUUGGUCAGUUAAGACCAGUUCUCUACAUACCUCAGUUGUACCUAUAUACUCUCUUUCCUGGAAGAAGCUGGUAGCUAUGCAUGGCUCCCAGCUCAACAAAAUAUACAUGCAAGUAAAUUUUCCUAGCUAGGAGAUUUACACAGCCUGCAUGUCUUUCUUAACACAAAGACUGUAUGAUCCUUUUGUAAUGAAACCGCAUUCUUUUUCUUUUAAAUUGUUUGGAACCAUUUUUCUUCUUUAUUUUUACUUCCAAUGGAUAGAAAGUUGUUUACUGUAACUACUGAAAAUUUGUAAGUAAAAUCUUUAUUUAUUUAUAAAACAAGGUGUCUGUGAUUUAUUCUAGCCUGAGUAUUUUUGUGGGGAACAUUUGUUUAAAGGUGGAUGAAGGCAGAUGCAGAAUCUAACUAAGUUUUAAUGUGCUUUGUAGCAAUCGGCCUAUCUCUGCGAGGAGAGAGGAAGAAUCUCUUCCCCAAACUUCUAUUUCUAACAUCACAUCUUAGUAUGCCUUUUAAAUAUAAGCAGAUGGUGCCAUGCACACAUCCAAAAGGUAGGGAUUCCAAUAGUCAAGAGGUCACCACAGAGAAGGCUCUGUUGCAUACCACUGUCCCACAGAGCACCCCAAAAUUACAAACUUGCCCUUUGUAGAGGAGUGCCCAUCCCAAUACACAAGGAGGCUCACUUCCUAGACUCAACAACUUGGCACUCACAUUUAUCUUCCUCUUCCAACAAGCUUUAUCCAAGUCUUCAUCUGUAUUAAAGCUAUUUAAACUACUUGUAUGUACGCAAUUGUUUUUAAUUGUUUUAUAUAUGAAGCUGUUUUUUCCUGUUUCCUGUUUUGUGGUUGCAAUUGUUUUAUAAUUGCAUGUAUUUAUUUUGCAAACCACCCUGAAACCUAGCAGAAGAGAGAUCUGAUAAAUAAAAUGGACCUCUGUCUUGUCUGGAUUUGAUUUCAGUUUAUAGGACCACCACCUCCUGCACACCCACCCACACACCCAGCCCAUUGUUGAACAAAUGGGUGACAAAAUGGAGCCCUGUGGGACACUGUGGAUAAUUUCUCAAUGUAAAUCAAUAAGAUAAAAAACAAAUACUUAAAAAUAACAACAGCAAGGAAAAUAAUACCGAUGAAAUUACUUUUCCAGAAAAAUGCUGUGCACAGGUGGAGUGUGUGUCUUGUUAGUGUUAGGGUAAAUAAAAAUUUUGGCAGAUACCUGGGUGGUCAACCUUCUUUCAGACACCUCCAGACAUUUCUUAUGAUAAUUUGAACCUUUGUUUUGCGGUCCCUUUCUUUUCUCAAAUAACAUGAAGCCUCAUCACUUGCUCUUUCAUUAAGAGCCCACUCAUAGUUGUCUGAACCUUCUGUAAUGAAUCAGCUUCAGUCUCUUUCACAGUUCAGCCAUAAUUAGCUAGGACCAUCCCAUCCUGCUUUGCUACAUUCAGCCAUGACAGUUGCACUCCCCUUCCUGAGCAUUAGGAGUGGGGCAAGCGCCUGACAUUUCUGUGGUUUGUUAGAUAGAAAGGAAGCUGAUAGUGAUAGACAGCAAGCACAAGCAUCCGGUUACUGAGCUUAGCUGCUCUGAGAGGCAUUCGAGGAGAAGAAUCAAACCCAUCAUGGAUGACGGCUAUCAGAAUGAAGACUAUUGGAAUGAAGAUUACCAGAAUGACAUUCUUUCAGACAAAUUUUCUCAGAAUGCUGAAGUUUCCUCAGAGUCAGAACCUGGAAGCGCAGGUAAAUCAGGGUGGCAGUGGAAGGAAGCAGGAAGGGAGGAGAACGGGAAAUUCUCAAAAGGCUGUUCUAGUUCUGCUGCUGUUGUGUCCACAUCACAUAUAAAACACACAAUUCCCUAUGUGAGUGAUCUAACAAGGUUAUCAUUCCUAACUGUAAUUCUCCUCUAUACUCAUUACUCCUCUAUACUCUAGUAAUUCUCCUCUAUAUUCUAUACUCUAUAUUCAUUAGGACUAGAUCAUGCUGCCACAGUUAUCCAGUCUUGGGAGGCUGUUUAGUAAGAUUGCAAUAAACAGUCACAGUUGCUGCAGCAGUUGAAGCAUGGUCACAUUAACAUGUUAGCCUCUUACUUGCUAUCAGCACAAGCAUUCUUAAUAUUUACAUUUGCUAAUAAGCUUCUUUUGCCCCAGUUUUGGCUCUUUGAAUGAUAUACUAUUCCACAAUGAGUGACAAAGCUGGACGUGCCCACUUCUAGUGGGUAGCAAGACCAUGAAAUCUGGAAAGUCACAACAGAGAGCCAAGUAGGCAAUCUCUUUAAAAAAACAACAACCACCUUUUCUGUCUCUAGAAUCAGUGGUUUGGGACCAGCAGGGAUAUGAGAAUGCUGCACAGGAAUAUGAGUACAUCGGGUUUUCUGGCGUCCGGCUGAGAAGGCUACCAGAGAAGGGAGAGGAAAGAGAACCAGGUGAAAAGAGUUAACAUACUUCCACAAAUGGCACAAAUAAAUGUUUUUAGUGUCUCUAUUGUACUGCAGUCUGAAGAGGAGCACAAAUAAUAUCCCCCUUCCUCUUUAGACUUUAAAAAGCCUUUGCUGCCCAAUUCAGACACCAGUUACACUUUUCAUCUACUUCCCUGUCCCGCUUUGGGCUCUGAUGUAUUGGAGGACCACAUGAACAUUGUUGUUGUUCUCAUUCCUUCCGUUUCCAAAAUUCAGAGGAGUCUCAUGUAACUAAAAUGGCACCGUCCACACACAAGAGGGAGGUAUCAGAAGCUUUGGGGAAACCUCAAGGUUUUCCAGAAGGACAAAAAAUAUUUUGAAACCCAGAAUAAGCAUGCUCAGUAGGCAUGGAACGCUUGCUGUAUUUUGGCAGGGGGGAAGAGGGAAACCUGGAUGGAAGGGAGACUAGCCAAUCCCUCUUCCCUGUGAAUCCUGGGAAUUGUAGCUCUCUGAAGAGAACCCUUAACAAAUCAAAGAGGCCAUGAUUCUCUGAGGGAAGCCUUCUUUAUUCUCAAUAGUCCUGCUCCUGAAAUCCUGUGGUCCUCCUUGAGCUUCCAGGUUUAUUCUUCUUUAUUUGCAGCACUGUUUACAUCUGAGGACGGCAAGUGGGGACCCUUUGGCAGGAAACCCUUCAUGAUCUUCUCAGUUCUGUUGCUCUGCUCCUUGAUCAUAACAACAGCUACUCUCAUAAUGGCAUGUCUUAGAUGUAAGUUCAGAUCUGAAGAAGGUAAAAUCUUCUAGAUAUUACUUCUGUGUAGUUCCACUUGCCCCACCCCACCCCCAGAAGUACAUAGUGCUGAAGGAGGAAGUAGAGAGAGCGACACUCUGUCCCACUUCCUCUUUCAGCUCUAUGUAUUCAGCUGUAUGUAUUCCUCUUUCAGCUUAUAUGUAUUGUUGCACACCACUCCAAUCUCUGAGAAGUGCCUGGAUUCCAGGGGUUUCAGAUGUUUCCUUCUGGAAAUGAGGCACAGCAGAGACUGUGGUGUCUUUAUGAUAUAUUUACCCAUAUAUGCAACCUGAGCCUAUGAUGGAGGGGUUCACAGUAUCAACACUCCAAAAAGUUCUUGCUUCUCCCAUAGCUGCAGCCUUGGAUUGAAGCAGAAAUCAACUAUGGCCCACUCUCUGCCUUUCCAGCCUGCAGCUUUUUCUCCAGCUUCUAGUUCACAUCGCAGCAAACUCUGCCCUCAAACUCAGGCUUUGCCCUUCUAUCUAUCGGAGAGCUGAAGGAGGAGCCCUCCCAUUUGCCAUUGGACACAGAGCCCUCUUUCCUUUAUUCUCUUAAUGGCCCAUCACUUUUCUUUUGUUAUCUGAAUGGCACCUCACCCAGGCAGUUAGCCUAACUUGAUUAAAUUCUAACAUUUGCUGGAUCCAGUGAAUAAAGAGGUCUGGCAACCACAAACUAAUAACAUUGCUUUUCAAGGCUCAAAUCAGCAGCUGAAAAGAAAGAAAACUGACAAGAGAGAAUAUGAGGGAAAGGAGGAGCAGUUUGAGAGACUAGGGGGAGGAAAAUGGAGUCCUUGUGAGGAGGCAGGGUGAGAACAAAGACAGAGAUCAAGAGGGACACACAGAGAGGAGGGGAUGGAAUGCUGGAGCAAGAGAGAUGAGAAGUUUCUCUCUCUCUCUCUCUCUCUCUCUCUCUCUCUCACACACACACACACACACACACACGAACUGGUAAAAGAGAUCCUCUUGGAAUUACAUGUUUUUUUCACAUAUCUCCCCAGCACACACAGCCAAAGUCAAAUCACAGAUCACAUCUUUCUCCGUUAACUGAACCCAGAUUUUUAUGGUUCGCCCUUAGGUGAUGAUAUUUCACACACACACCAUCUGGAUAAGGCAAAGGGACUGGUUUUGAAAUGUGUGUUUAUUGGCAAUUAUGGUAGUGUAUGACUCCAGGCACAAUAACAUCCUUUGACCAGCAAAACAUCUAAGAUAUAUUCAUGCUGGGUAGCAUUAAUCAACAUUUCCAUAUAUUGCAGGCUUUCCAAAGUGUGCAGAUGACUGGGAGAAGUUUCAGGAAAAAUGCUACUACUAUUCCACAGAAAAAAUGCAACAGAAUACAGCUAGAAGUUUCUGCCAAGCCCUAGGUGCAGAUCUAAUAGUGAUUGACAGUGAAAAUGAACAGGUAAUUCUAUCUAAGGAAUAAAUAAAAUAUAAUUGAGUGUGUUACUUUCACUAAUAUAUUCAUUUCUGUGAACACUUGCCUAAUAUGUGCAAUUUUGCAAAUAUUAUAUGGCUAGAGAACUGCAAAUUCAUGUUAUUUUCAUUUUCUAUGAGGACUUUCUGAAAGAUGAACUGCAGAUAAGCGAGAACACUUGGAUUGGACUGACUUACAUAGAGGCUGAAAGAAAGUGGAUGUGGCAAGACUUCAAAAAUCAUUCCUACACGUGAGUAGCAUUAUUGAGUUGAAAAUUCUCUACCAUAUCAUAGCAAUGAUUUGCAAUGACUCCUUGUCCACCCCUGUUUACUAUGUGCAUUAGCUACAGUUAGAUCUGCUCCCUAGUGCUUAUAGUGCACUAGCAACGUCUCCCCCCUCCAAACUUGACAGCUAAAGCUGAACCAUUUUCCUCCUCUGAGUACCUCUCCUCUUAGAAUAUGGUAGCAGAUCUUCCCAAACUCUCCAAAGGUCAGAUUCAUGUACUUUUCCAUACAGCAGUCAGAAAACACAGGUUGUAAACCUGGGCUUUGUUUCAGCGGUGAAAGUUUCUAAAUUAUUGGUAUAGGAACACAAGAAUGGCUUGUAAGAUCAAUCAGCUCAGACCUCUUUACACACUGAGUUUCUCAGAUAAACUGGAGGGGAACAGCAAUGGGCUUGAUUCCCUCCUUAUCAAAGUGAGGGAGAAUGACCUAGCUAAGCCUGACAGGGCAGCUUUCUCUCUGUCUGUGGCAUUAACCCAUUCAUGCAUUAAUUAGACUUAAGCAUGUUGGUUAUAUGAGACUAGUUAUCCCACACAAAAAAGUUGAGGCCAGCAUCUGCUUACCACCCCUGCUCCCAAGUUCAUGAUCCUGCCCCAUAUACUGGAUUCCCCUGAUAGCAUGCAAUUCAGACAAAUUUGUGUUUCUCAUUUUCAGAAACUGGGAUGGAAGGACAGAACCAAUCAGUUCCCGAUGCUGUGUGAUUUUGGACCCCAAGUAUGAAUUAAAAUGGAAGAACACCGAGUGCCUAAGACGCUUGGGCUUCAUUUGUGAAAAGAGCAGGCACAUUGCCUGUGCCCUGCAGUCCCCAUUCUUACCUCAUUGAAACUUGGCUAAUUUGUGUGUGUGUACAAGCAGAAUUGAUUCAUAGGAGUGUUUUUUUAAAGGUUGCAAGAACUUUCAGGGUUAGAACAAUGUCUUUCUGGUCCUCUAGACUGUGAGUCAAAAGCCAGUCAGGAAAUAAGCCUGGCUGAAUGUACAUGGUGUCAUGGGGAGGAACGAAGCACAUGGGUUUACCUCAGCAUCUCCCUCUCCAUGCCUCUGCCCUGGUUUUUGGAGCCAGCAGUGACCAAUCCCCCCCCCCAAUCAUUCAGUUUCUACAAACUUCACACACACUCACACUCACACACUACAUACACUACGCUUCUGUUAUAAAUUCAUAGAAAAUCAACCAUACAUCGGAUUUGCACUGUUCCACUUUUAUUUUACUCCAUGAAGGAAAGACUACAAAAUGGGGAAGGUUUGAUACAGGCCACCAUAAUCCCUUGAGCAUACCAGCACAUCCACAGGAGCCUUGCCCAGUUGCUAUGCCAACCCUGAUGGUCUCAGACAGAAGACCAUCAACAACACAACGGACUGCAUACACGAGUGGAUUCAAC